AUGGUCAGCCUUCACGUGACUUUGCUGGACAAGGGCCAGAGCUCGGCCGUGGGCGGAUGCGCAUCCCUGGACACGUGUGUUUGGACUCUUGGGGAGCAAGUUGGGAUGCAGAAGUUGACUUCUCCGGCCCAGUCCAAUUUCGGCUACAUCUUCCAAAGUGCCAGCGGCAUGUGGAAGAGCAACCAGUAUCCCAACCUCACCCUGGCGGAGGCUGGCGUAAGAAACACCGGCGAUAGGGUCCAGUUCACAGGAGACUUCGACUUCGCCCCUGCAACGAAGCCGUCGGCCCCUGCCACGCCCUCCACGGCUCCAUCAUCACCCCCGACGAUUCCGGCUCAACCCCCUCUGUUCCCGACCUUCCCAACUUACUCAAGCUCAAUGGUGGAGUUGAAGGUAACCAUUGAUGCUGUGAGCAAGAGCUUAACCAAGAUUUGCAGAGCCAGCCUGGACAAGUGUGUUUGGGACUUCGGCCAAGACGUGGGCACGGCAAUGCUCUCCAGUCCAGCUUCUCAUGGAUGUGUUUUCAGCUAUGCUGGGCAUCACUGGAGAAGCAACCAACAUCCCAACCUCACGUUGGCGGAAGCGGGAGUGCGCAAGAGCGGCGAAGCCAUCGCCUUUUCGGCAGAUGUUCGUCCGCUUGGUGCAGCAGAGUCGAGCCCGGCUGUCGAGCUCACCGUCAGCCUUCUCGACAAGAGCGGGGCCCGAUCGAUGACAGGACAGGCGCCGCUUGACAAGUGUGUCUGGACCUUUGGCGCAGAGCUGGGCAUGCGGAAGUUGACUACGGGACCUCUUUCCAACUAUGGCUAUGUGUUCAGAUGCGGCAGCAGUGAGUGGAGAAGUAAUCGAAAUCCGAACUUAACUCUGGCCGAUGCUGGGGUGGCCAACGGUGAUGCCGUGGACUUCCUCGGGGACUUUGAGCCACCGUCUUCAGCAGGUCCGAUUCCGUUGGUGGAGGUCGAGGUCACCCUUGUCAGCAAAGACAAGAAGGAGACCUCCACUCACAAGACGACGUUGGACAGAGGAGUCUGGCGAUUCGGUGAAGAGCAAGCGGGGGUCCGCAACCUGUCGACCAGCUCGCUGCCCCGCUUUGGAUAUGUCUUCCACGUUGGGGAACAUGCCUGGCGAAAAGGCCAUCAUCCCAAUCUGACUCUAGCAGAUGCUGGAGUGAAGGGCGGUGAUGCGGUUGAGUUUACGGGUGACUUCGAGUCACUCUAG